GGCGCGCGGCGUGGUUGUGCAGUGUCUACCACUCCACACGUUGUCCGCGAAGCGUGUGUGCGUGAGUGGGAUGGUGGCGUGCUGAACUGAGCAGGGCGGCCCAGCUGCACUGACCGGACGGCGGCUGCUGCGCUACAGCCAGACAUGAUGCCGCAGCCCGAGGCGGCGGUGCUCGCCACGCAGAACUGCGUGGCGCGCGCGCUGUACGACAACAUCGCAGAGUCGCCGGACGAGCUGGCAUUCCGGCGCGGCGACCUUCUCACCGUACUCGAGCAAAACACGGCCGGCAUCCAGGGCUGGUGGCUCUGCUCGCUGCGCGGACGGCAGGGUAUAUGUCCCGGUAACAGGCUACGUCUGCUGGCCGGUGUGUACGACACGGGAGGCGAGACCGUGGUGGCAGACCUCAACACCCUGCAGCGGCAGGGCAAGCGUCGCAGCUGGCAUGUGCAGCCCAACAAGGUGCUGACCCCGCAGAAGGUGGGCGACGUGUACCUGUACGACCUGCCGCCGCAGCGCGGGCCCGCCGCAGCCAGCGCCGCCGCGGCCGCACAGGAGAAGUACGACGUGCCGCCCGGCUCCUCGCACGUCGUACUGCCGCCGGAGCCCGUCACCUCGCAAGGCGGGGAGUCGUACGACGUGCCGCGCGGCUGCUACGACACGCCGCGCUACCCGCGGCCCACGGCCGUCGUGCCGCCCGCCCCCGCCGCCGCCCCCGGCCCGCAGCCCUGCCCGGACAGCUACGACGUGCCGCGGCCGCUGGGCGCGCCGCUCACGCCCUCCUCGUCGGCGUCGUCGCUGACGGCCGACUCGUCGCUGCCCGGCUCCAACCGCUCCAGCCUGCUCGCCGCCGAGUACGACGUGCCGCGCCCCCAGCGGCCCGCCUUCGCCACGCCGCCACCGCCCCCGCCGCAGACGCCCCCGCAGCCCGACAAGCAGCAGCAACACCAGCAACAGCUGUACGACGUGCCGCCGGCGAGCAGCCCGCUGCCGCUGGAGCUGGGCUCUGCGCUGGACUCGCUGGAGCGGCUGCAGGCGGAGGCGGCGGGCGCGACGUCGCGCCUGCUGGGGCUGGCGGGCCCGCAGUGGCGGCGGCGCGACCGGCUGGAGGCGCGCCUCAUGGACGUGCGGCUGGCGGCGGUGCGGCUGCGCUCGUCGCUGCACGACCUGGCCGACUUCUGCGAGGGCGCGCUGGGCAACGCGGCGCGCGCGCCCGACAAGGCGCUCGCCCCCAAGCUGCGGCCGCUGGCGCGCGCGCUGCGGGACGCCGACCGCCUCGUGCAGGACGCGGCCGCGCAGCUCGACGCCGCCAACUGGGACCUCGACCGCCUCGCCAGGGACCAGGGUGAAGAGAACUGCCGCACACCGGAUGCUCUGGACCAGCUGGUUGCAUGUGCGCGUGCUCUCACAGAGGAUGUGCGCCAAGCUGCCUCCUUCAUCCAGGGCAACUCAACGUUACUAUUCAAGCGUGCUGCUUCACCUCCACCGCCAAGCAGUGGUUCUGAUUGGCUGGAGGACUAUGACUAUGUCAACCUAGAGUCACGAGAAAGUGUUGCACGGCAAGAUGCAGAGAUCCUCGACUCCCUGCCAGCUGAGUUGCGUAAAUCGUAUGAUGCUCUUGUCAAGGAGGCAGAGUCUGCUGCUGUCAUAGGAGAGCCUAAACAAACCACCGAAACAACACCACCAGCAGAUGGAAGUUCUGAGCUGGAUGCCAACGAUCGACAGGUUUUAGCGUUUUAUGCUGCACAAACAGCCACACAUUCUGCAUUAUUGACCCACGCUAUUGAUGCAUUUCUCCAGACUGUUGAACGUAAUCAGCCACCGAAAGUGUUUUUGGCACAUGGAAAGUUUGUAGUCCUCAGUGCCCAUCGCCUAGUGCAUAUUGGUGACACUGUCCACCGGAAUGUUGUCCACCCAGGUGUGCGUGCACGAGUCCUCACCUGUGCAAAUGCACUAAGUGAAGCUCUUGCCACAACUGUUGCAAAGACCAAACGUGCUGCUCUUCAUUUCCCUUCUGUCACAGCAGUGCAGGAGAUGGUUGACUCAGUUGUGGAUGUUUCCCAUCUUGCUCGAGAUCUCAAACUUAGUCUUAUUCACCAGUAAUAGCAAAACAUAUUGCAUAAGGCAUUAAAUUGAAAGAUGAACAAUUUUGAGGUGGGUUUUUUCCCUGAUAGUCAUGAAAUGUGACUGAUUAUUCAUUCCUGUGAAGUAAUGGACAUGCCUGUGGAACAAUUUCCCCUAUGAAAGAUGAACUUUUGAUUGCACAAGGACAGUGCAAAUGUCUGUAUAAUCUGAGCAGCCUGCUUAAUAGUAAUCAGAGUAUCAAUAAUGGCGUCCGCAGUGUAGAAUAAGGGUGAGAGGAAGUUUGUGCUCAUAGUUUGAAAAUACUUACUGUGCUAUUACUAUGUUCAUCAGUACAUUUUCAUUCACUGCAUGUAUGCAGAUUUGAAGUAAGAUGAAUAAUGAGUGUGUAUCUAUGGUAUAAUAUUGUAUGAUGUGCAAAUAUUUGUUGUUCUUUUUUCUCAUUCUGAACAUUUGCUAUAGAAAAGUAUUACAAUGUUUACUCCUUUGAAGGAACAUAGUUGUAGAUAUGCAGCUAUACUGUAGCAGCUCUUGUAAUAUAUUAUCUUCUUCCAUGUAUCGUAGAAUCUUAAAAGUCAUUUAAGACUGACAGAUAAUUUAUUGCCAUUGAGCAUGUCAUUAUAUAGAUUUGCUGAUGAAUUUGUGUAUUUAUAAUGUCCUUUUUAAUCAAAAGCUGAAGGAAGGUGGAAGAAAUGUAAUUUUCAUCUUUGAAGAUGUGGAGUGCUGUUGAUGAUGUUUUAUUUUAAUGCUGAUUUAUGUAAUAUUCAGCUACUGAACAGUUUAGCAGUUUUACUGCUGUGCUGUUAAAAUAUACUGGCUGUAUCCUGUAUUUCAGUACAAUAAAU